AGAGGCAGAUUAGUACAACGAGUGGAGUGUGUGAGAUGUGAGGUCAUGUGUGUUGGCUGCCUGAACACAUGUGUUCGUACGAUGUUUGGCGUUUCUCCCGGAAUUAUACCAGGAAAUAUGACUAAUGGGACAUUGUGACACGAGAGAGCAACUCUUUUUAAUCCUUUACAUCUCAGUGGUAACUAUUUGUACCACCUGGUUUAAGAAUCAGUAACAAUACAUUAUAUAUUUACGUGUUUCGUAUGAUUAUUACUCUAAACAGCGAUUAUUUCCUUAAACAGCGUUAAAAAGUUGAUCUUUGUAAUGGUGAAGUGUAGUGUUUUCUUCGCGGUACGGACUGGGUUCUUAAAUAUUUAGACGAGCUUCGACUUGAAAGGGUUUACACUAAAACAAACUUCGAUUUGUAUGUUCCGCGUGUCAGUGAUAAAACGCAUGAAAAGGUGAUGUUUUAGUGUUUUCUUAUCAGAUGCUGAACCCAUUUUGUAAGCAGCUUAUGAAAACACUUGUGGCUGACAGGCAGAACAGAAGUGGCUUUUACCUUCCCAAAUACGCAUCUGGAUUCCGACAGAGUAAACGUUCGUGUGAGUUGAGGAUACAAGAUGGCGUCGUCUAUGUCAAUUGGCGAUCAAGCGAGCAGUUCGGCCGUUUUUGCGACACCCGUUAUGCACGACCCGAGUCCAUCACUGGCGCAGAAUUUACAACUGCAGACGGAAUAUGACAACGAACUCUCGAGGGAACUCAGGUUUUCCAGGCCGUUGCUGGAUUUCGCAGCUACCAUGACAGUUUUGAUCAUGGUAGUGGGAAUUCUGGGAAAUCUGCUGACCAUUGUGGCGCUCAUUAGGUGCCCGCGGGUCAGAAAUGUUGCUGCAGCCUUCAUCAUCAGCCUAUGCGUCGCUGACUUCAUGUUCUGCACUUUCGUGUUACCAUUCAGUUCAUCGAGGUUUAUUUACGGCACAUGGAUACAUGGAGAUUUCCUCUGUCAGCUUUUUCCUUUCAUGCGAUAUGGAAACAUCGGAGUAUCACUACUUCUGAUAGCCAUGAUCACUGUAAACAGGUACAUAAUGAUCGCGCACCAUAACGUGUACAACAGGAUCUACAAGAAGCUGUGGAUCGGAGCCAUGAUCGCUUUCUGCUGGAUGUUCAGUUUUGGGAUGCAGAUCCCCACCCUCCUCGGAGUAUGGGGAAUAUUCGGUCUGGAUAAAAAACUGGGAACCUGCACCAUCCUCAACGACAGCAACGGGAACUCCGCCAAAACGGCUCUGUUCAUCAUCGCCUUCCUAAUCCCCUGCUGUGUUAUCAUCUGUUGUUACGCACUGAUAUUUUGGGUGGUCCACAAGUCUGAGAGCAGGGUCCGAGAACACGCUGUUGGGUCACACCCCAAAGCCCCCAAAUCCAAAUCAAAGGAACACAGAGAUCUGAAGACAAAACGGAAUGAAUGGCGGAUUACAAAAAUGGUUCUCGCCAUAUUUCUCUCCUUCGUGAUAUGCUACCUGCCUAUCACCAUAGUCAAAGUUGCAGACAAGGAUGUACACUUUCCAGGUUUUCACGUCCUGGGCUACAUAAUGCUGUACCUAUCGGCGUGUAUUAAUCCAAUCAUCUACGUAAUCAUGAACAAGCAGUACAGACAAGCGUACAAGACAGUCAUCCUGUGGCGAAGACCACGCCUACUCUCUCUUACGCCCGUAGGAAGCAGCUAUGGAGAUAAAUCAAACGAUGGCCAGAGCAGAACGAUGGUGUCACAAGUGUCGAUUGCGAUGGCACCAAUCGUCCUGUCAAAGAAGAGCGAGGAGCUUCCCGAAGUGUUUGACGACAAUCUGUAAUCACGCGAUCGGCCACGACAUUUUCACCACACAAAAUAACUUCAACAUUGAAAAGAAUCAGUUGCAAAAUAACAAAAAAAUUAUAAUAUUUCACGCAUCUCAGUUUUAAAAGAUGCAAAAAAACUUGGUCUGCGUUGUAAAUACGUAGAAGACUCUACGGCGCCUCGUAAUAAGAGCGAGAAACCAAGUAUUUGAUCACCAGGGGUUCAAGAAUAACCACAACCAAUCCUACUGUGGUGAUGAUUAUUGUUAUUAUUAUUACAGUGAUUUCUUUUGUAAGUGUCUGGAUAUAAAUGACGUCUUUUCCGACAUACCAAAACAAAUGAAUAAAUACAGUACACUAAUCUUUGUGUGCUCUAAUAAGUCUAUACAACAGAUAAUUUUCAAUAUCAUAUAAUAAUAAUAUACGUAAAUAAAUAUUAAUAUAAUACAAUAUAUUAUAUAAUAAUAAUAUUAUAUCUUAUAUAAUAAUAAUCAGUACAUCUUUAUAUUUUCUCUGCCCACAUGGAAUUACGGACACUGUCGGUCCCACCAGAUGAUAUACGAGUGAAUAUGGCGUAGCGGUGGAUUAAAAUUGACAGAAAUAUUGAAGGACUCUGUGGAAAUAUCCAAGGGCCAUUUUCUCAACCAAAAAUCCCACAUGGAUUGCACGUGGCAACAAACCCAGGCCUCUGCAGUGAGAAGUUGGUAACGCUGAACUGCUAAAUCACUAUUAGAAUGUAAAACUUCUCUUUUGGGGGGAUAAGCCACAUUGAAUUCCUGCUAUGAAAACCAAAAAAAAGAGCCUUUGUCUUCUGAUUGGAAUUGCUACGUGGAUUUACAAGUAAACAUAAGCAUUUCAGAGGAGUACAUAUACCCUGAAGGUGGAGGUGAAGUUAAACAGCAUCAUUAACCAGAACGUGACAACCGAGAUCUUCAAAUCUCAAAUAUUUGAUAUAAAUUAACAUAUCUGCAAAAUGUACAAGUCUACAGGGUAGUAGAGGGGGCUGACAUUCGUUGCCCCUUAAUUUCCUCCCCUCUACAAUUUGUAUCAUGUGUUUAUUGUUCUGUCGCAACUAAUCACAAUCAUUAAACUUCAUUUUAUAGCAAGA